GAGCAAGACAAUAAGGAAAAACACAUAUUUUUUUUCCUUUCCCAACUCAAAAUUUAUUUUAUUUCCUUAUUUUCCUCAAAACUAGUUAAUCAUAAACUUCAUAUGCAAGUUCUAUAAAAUAAUUUCAUCUUUCUCUCUUCUACCAAAUACAUCAUUCUUGUUUGAAGCUAUUAAUGAUUUGAAUGGAGCAUGCGAAAUUGAGCUGUAUUUUGAAGGUCGAUAUGCGUUGCGAUGCAUGUAAGAGGAAGACAUUGGAAGUAUUGAACUCCAUUUGCAGUGUGUAUUCUGUGACCUUCAGCGCAAAAGAAGAGGUAACAAAAAUAUGGGGCGAGGUGGAUCCGAAUCUACUUUUGAGUGCCUUAGCAAGACCUGGACAACAUGCAGAGAUUGUAUGGGCCAAACUCGACCAUCCAAGAAUCGAUAGAGGUUACUAUAAUGACCAUAAUUCUUAUAGGUACUCUAAAUAUGGUUCGAUAGAAGACACCAAUUGGCACCGGAGGGCAUUGCCGGAUUCAUCCUACAACCAAAACUACUGCUAUGAUGCUACUCCGCUGCCUGCAGGUAGGUACGUUCCAUCAUAUACAGCGCCGGAAUAUCCCUAUGUUGAAGAACAAUCACUGGGUUUUUGCAAUAUAAUGUGACAGUUUAUAUAAAGGUUAUUGGGAAUGUUUUUCUUUUCAGUUUUUUGUACUGGAUAUGCCAGAAUGGCCUUUACUUAAUGUGCAUGCCAAGAUUUGAAGGGUAGUA